AUUUCCGUAAUUUUAAACGGAAACUGGUCAGUUCGCGACGUAAAGAAAAUCAGUUAGCGGUGAUGGUUGGAAAAAAAUACGGUUCAACCUGGUAAACAAAUAGAAGAGCUGGUUCAGUUGUUCGGUUGUCGACGGAGUCGCCGUAGACCAUGUCCGCCCAGGCUCAGAUGAGAGCGCUGCUCGACCAGCUGAUGGGAACAGCGAGGGAUGGUUCAGUGUAUCAUUGCCAGCCUACAUCAAUCUGCAAGGGAGUUGCAGAAAAGCCUCAUGUUCAUCGAGCCGUGAGUCACACAUGAUUUUUAAAGCUGUUAUGAUCAAUAUCCAAACAAUUUCUCUGCCUUCCGGAGUUUAUUGUAGCUUUUUAUUUAAAUAAUCGUAUAAUUCCUCAGUGGCACAUCAGUUACCUUCAGCUAACACGUCUAGUUGCGUUGUUUCCAUACGAGCCGACAGGCUGCAACGCCUUUACACGGCAGAUUAAAGAUUAGCAAUCCACUCGUUUACAAUCUGACUUGUGUAUGACUCCCAACUUCUUACUGCAGGUUUGGGCCAGAAAUCUGUUCCCAUUUAAACUUUUCUGCAGCGGGUUUAAAAUUCUGCAGCUGAGGUGUUGAAGAUGCAGAAGGGUACAGUAUGUGGUGCAGAUCGCAGUGUGUAUAACCGCAUUUCUUUCCCUUGGAUUCUUUUUUAAGUGUUUUAUUGUUAUGAAAGGCUUGGCUGGAGAUUUUUAUCAAAGUGAUUUUUUUUUGUGCAUUAGUUCAUUUGUUCUGUCCAGUAUUAAACGUAUUAAAAACAUAAUUUAUGCUUUUAGUUAGAAGUAAAUCUCAUUUCGCUGCUACCAGCUGGAGACGCACCGAUCCACGUUUUCACUUUCAGUGUCGAUGUCUGAGGUUUGGUUCUGAUCCGAUACAGAAAAACAUCUGGAUUUAUUUAAACACACAUAAACCUACUGAAUUGGAAAUGUAUUUACUAACUCUGCUCUUAAACAUGUAAAAACAAAACGACUUUAAUUUGUUCAGUCAGUUAGGAUUCAAACAAAUAAAUAAAUAAAUCAGACAAAACCAAAAUAUUAGAUAUAAACGGCAGCAAACUGUCAAAGUUUGUUUAUUGAUAUAAUGUAAAGUGAAUAGAAAUAGACUGAAUAGAUUGGGCCCAUUGCUACUGAUAUUUUUCCAAUAUCGGCACCGAUACAGAUAUUGAUAGUGGGUCGGUGUGUCUCUGCUUCCAGCAGCAUUGUGGGCCUUAACAUGAUUUAUUGAUUCUUUGGGAAGGUAAGAACCAGACAUACAGCAGUAAGAUCUACAUGUGUAACAUCUAUGUUGACUAUGAUUAACACAGAAACAGAUAUGAGUCCAGUUCCCUUAAAGGGAAGGUUUGUACGGUACCUGUGACAGCUGCAGCUAACGUUAGCGUAGCCUAACUCUUCCUCCUCCUCUUCCUCACUCUUCUUCUCUUGUUUCAGGCGACGAGACGCGGCAGAGGGUCAAGUUCACCGACGAGCGAGUCUGCAAGAGUCACCUGCUCAACUGCUGCCCGCACGACAUCCUGUCUGGAACGCGUAUGGAUCUGGGCGAAUGCACAAAGAUCCACGACCUGGCGCUGCGAGCCGACUACGAAAUCGCCUCCAAGGAGAGAGAUCUGUUCUUCGAGCUUGAUGCCGUGGAUCACCUGGAGACGUUCAUCGCCGACUGCGACCGGCGGACAGAGUUAGCCAAGAAACGGCUGGCUGAGACGCAGGAGGAGAUCAGCGCAGAAGUGGCUGCGAAGGCUGAGAAGGUCCAUGAGCUGAACGAGGAGAUCGGGAAGCUGCUGGCGAAGGCGGAGCAGCUCGGCGCCGAGGGCAACGUGGACGAAGCCCAGAAGGUUCUGCAGGAGGUGGAGAAGGUCCGCACCAGGAAAAAGGAUGCCGAGGAGGAAUACAGAAACUCCAUGCCAGCCUCCAGCUUCCAGCAACAGAAACUCCGUGUCUGUGAGGUUUGCUCCGCCUACUUGGGUCUCCAUGACAACGACCGCCGCCUGGCUGACCAUUUUGGUGGGAAGCUUCACCUGGGCUUCAUCCAGAUCAGAGAGAAACUGGACCAACUAAAGAAAACGGUGGUUGAGAAGCAGGAGAAAAGGAACCAGGAGCGCCUAAAGAGAAGAGAGGAGAGAGAAAAAGAGGAACGGAUGCGGAAGAGGACUCGGUCUCGCAGCAGAGAGCAUAGAAGGUCCCGUUCACGUGACCGCAGACGGAGGCGCUCGCGCUCCGCGUCCCGGGACCGGCGCCGCUCGCGCUCGCGCUCCAGGGACAGGAAGCGGCGGCACCGCAGCAGAUCCCGCUCCCGCAGCCGAGGGCAUCGCCACAGCCACGAGCAGAGCUCCAGACACAAGUCGUCCAGGGACCGCGAGCGUUCGUCUCGAGACCGCUCCCGGGACCGAGACAAGCGGGACAGCUUGAACGGCCGGUCGGACUCCCGCCGGGGCGAGGAGCGGGACACCGGCGGGGAUUUCUGAAGACCAAACGACGGCGACUCGUUGCCUCCCGUCUCUCCACUCUGUCCGUUUUUAUUAAACGUAGUCGUUGCCUUCCUGCGUCUCAUCGUCUCCAUAUUUGGUCAUGCAGUCGCCUCCAGCUAAACCAUGACACGACUUCGGUUUCAUCAGACCAGAUGGCUGCAAACGUAUUAAAUUAGUCAAAAAAUCCUAAAAUGCAACUGAUUUUACUCUUUUUUUUUUUUUUUUCUGAUGUUUUUUGAUAAAGGUCUGUAAAUAUGUCCGUCUGGAAGGCCCCGCCCUGUUUUGUCCCUCGGAGGCUUCCUUCCUGCUGUUGUGGUCACAUGCUUUUCUUGAAUGUCUCCCAGUUUAAAAACGUUUCUAAUUCAGAGCCAAACAGAUUUUAAACUAGUAGUCUUGCUGCAUCUCCACUUUAAAAAAAAAAACAUGAAAAAAUCUUUUUAUUUUCCGAUUCUGGAACUAAAAAAAAUAAAAGUAGUGAGCUCGACCCGGUUCUGUUCCGUUCUGGUGACGAGUUUCCUGUUAGUUUCACCUUUUCUCUUUAAUUUAACAGCAUCUACUGUUGGCAUGGAAACGAUCCGACAGUCAUCGAUCAUUACGGCCCGUUUAGUGUAGAGAGCAGGUUGAAUGGAUGCUUUGCUCCCCUGAUUUGUUCAGUUUGGCUGAAAUCUUUUCUUUAAAGUCACAAUAAAAAAACUUUUAUUGUC